UGAAAGAAUCAAAUCAAGCCAUACACAUAACACAAUUAAGCAGGCUGAGCAAGAGGAAACUGUGAGAAACAGACCAGCUGGGCAGAAAGGGUUGAGCCUAAAAGAAAUAAGGAAAAUGGACUAUCUUAAUAAAGUUAUUGAUGAAACGCUUCGCGUGGUCACCUUCUCGCUGGUGGUCUUUCGAGAGGCAAAGAAAGAUGUCAAUGUCUGUGGCUACACGAUUUCGAAAGGAUGGAAAGCACUGGUGUGGUUCAGGAGCGCUGACUACGACCCUGAAACAUGGCCAGAGCCGAAGAAGUUUGAUCCUUCGAGAUGGGAUAAUUUCACACCAAAAGCUGAGAAUUUCAUUCCAUUUGGAAGUGGAAGCAGAUUGUGCCCUGGAAAUGAUCUAGCCAAGCUUGAAAUUGCCAUCUUCCUCCACUACUUUCUACUCAACUAUGAGUUGGAGCGUGAGAAUCCAGCUAGUCCAGUCAUGUACUUGCCUGGGAAGGAUAAGAAGGGUGUCUUCUCAAACAUGAAUUUCUACUUCUAAUCAUCAACUACAAUCUUUCUUGAUUUAGUGUAGUUGGAAACCACACAAACUAAGUGGAAUCUUUUCAUUAAUAAUUCAAUCGAGUUGUGGAACCAUGAAUUGUAAUAGUAUAGUUCCACUCUGUUGUACGAGAGUAGAAUUGACCUCUUUAAUAUUUAGCUUUCUUAAA